AUGGACAAGGCCGCUGAGAAUGAUAGAUUAGAGGUGGUUAAAUGGUUACACGUGAAUAGGACAGAGGGAUGCACACCCCAAGCAUUAGAAUUGGCAUGUCAAAAUGGUCACAUUGAUAUUGUUAGAUGGCUACUUUUAAACCGUACUGAAAAACCAACUGACCGAUGUUUAAUAAGAGCUGCUGGUAUUAGUUCACUUGAAUUGGUUCAAUUAUUGGAAGAGUAUAGAGGAGGAGGAGGAGGAGACAAUAAUGUAUAUGAUCAUAUUCAUCCCGAUGUAAUCACAUGGGCUGCUAAUUAUGGAAAUAUAAAUGUUAUAAAAUACUUUUAUUCAAGAGGUGUUUUAAAGCAUACAACACCAGGAUUACUCGGUAAAGCAAUGUCAUGUCGUAAUUUAGAGAUUAUACAAUUUCUGGUAGAAAUUAGAUCGGAACAAAUUACACCGGAAUGUAUCAACUAUGCAGCUGGUCAUGGUCUAUUAGAUACUAUUAAAUAUUAUCAUCAAAAAGAUAAAGAAAUACAUCAUAAUGGGUUCACAGCUACUGCUAUGGAUCGAGCCGCUUCAGGAGGACAUUUGGAAAUGGUAAAGUGGUUACAUUUUAACCGUAGUGAAGGGUGCACUAAACAAGCUCUCGAUAAUGCAGUAUCAAUACGCGGUGGCAAGGGACUAGAUGUAGCUAGAUUCUUACAAGCUAAUCGAACUGAGGGAUGCUCUAAAUCAGCAUAUGUCUAUACCAUCGAAUCAGGGUCAUUAGAAUCACUACACUUCCUACACGAAUAUUACCCCAAUAUUCAAGCAUCUGCCCAUGCAAUUGAAGGUGCCGUCCUCUUGGGACACACCGAAAUCAUUCAUUUCAUCUUGCACCAUAGAAAUGAAAUGUAUUCAACCCGAUCCCUUACCAUUGCCAAUACACGAAAUAGACUUGAAAUAGUACAUUUAUUUAAUCAAUUUCCAAAUAGAAAAGAAAAUUAA